AUGGCUCCUCUGUGCUGUCUGGGCUGGAACCGCUCCCUGAGCAUGUCCGUCGUGACCCCUGUGGACCACCCCCAAGGACUGUACCUCUCUCAGCUCCAGAACCAGCACAACCACGCUGUCUGCACCCAACCAGCAUUGCAGAUGUCAGUGGGGCUAGCGUCGUGCCUGGGCCGGGCGGCUGCGACAACUGACACUCUUCGGGCACCUCCGGCCCGGGCCAAGUCAGCUCUGGGAACGCUCGGAAUCGGGUCGCCCACCCGUCCGCCCUUCCCGACGCCUGGGUUGACCGCCGACCCGGCGACCACCGGCCGGGACCACGCGCAAAAGGAGGUGCGGGGCCUGGACGACGCCCCCAGGACGAACAGGUACGGUCUUUUCCCUGCCGAAAUGCGGCCAGCGGACGUCAGGCCCGUCGCCUCACGUCGGUCCGCCCGACGGACGAUGACCCCAGCACAGCGCAAGCGGCGCUGCAGCCACCUCGGCCUCCGACUCCCACCCCUUGCCGUUCGGCCGGCGGGGAAGUGGGCCUCGAGGACGCUCGAUCCAAAGAGCAGAGCCACGAGCGCCCGUGACGCCUCCAACCGGACUCAGCUCAGGCCGCUGCCAUAUUUCUUCCGGGAAAAGGCGGGCCGCGGGGCGGUGCCGCGUCACUGCGGAGGCGCAGGCGCCACCAUCUUCCCUCCGGGCGGAAUCGGUUGCGCGACGGAUACCGAGGGCGGCCCGGGCGACGUGUGGGCGCGCUUUGCCGUGGGCACGGCCGGCCUGGGCGCCGACGAGCUGCACGCCCUGGAGCGCGAGCAGGUGCGGCACGGCGACCUCCUGCUGCUGCCUGCGCUGCGGGACUCCUACGAGAACCUGACGGCCAAGGUGCUGGGCAUGCUGACCUGGCUGGAUGAGCACGUGGCCUUUGAGUUCGUGCUCAAGGCGGACGACGACUCAUUCGCACGCCUGGACGCACUGGUGGCCGAGCUGCGCGCACGUGAUCCACCGCGCCGCCGCCGCCUCUACUGGGGCUUCUUCUCAGGCCGCGGCCGCGUCAAGCCCGGCGGCCGGUGGCGUGAGGGUGCCUGGCAGCUCUGCGACUACUACCUGCCCUACGCGCUGGGCGGCGGCUAUGUGCUUUCGGCGGACCUAGUACACUACCUGCGCCUCAGCCGCGAGUACCUGCGCGCAUGGCACAGCGAGGACGUUUCGCUGGGCGCCUGGCUGGCCCCAGUGGAUGUGCAGCGUGAGCACGACCCACGCUUCGACACCGAGUACAAGUCUCGUGGCUGUAGCAACCAGUACCUGGUGACGCACAAGCAGAGCUUGGAGGACAUGCUGGAGAAGCACCAGACGCUGAUACAUGAGGGCCACCUGUGCAAAGAGGAGGUGCGGCUGCGCCUCUCAUACAUCUACGACUGGUCUGCACCACCCUCACAGUGCUGCCAGAGGAAGGAGGGCAUACCCUGAGCCGCUUCUCGCCGUGAGCGACAACUGAAAACUGGCGCUGGAGAGUAGAGGCCCGACUGGACGAGUGCCCUCCGCAGGUUUCCGUCUGCAGGGAGGGUCACUGGGGGUUUGUGGGCCACGCAGCUGAGGCGGAGGAGGGUUCAGGAAAGCCCCACAAGCCCAGGUCUUACCCUGGCGUAGCCGACAGGUUCUGGUCAGUUUUCCAGGAUGAGUCCAGCGCUGGAGGGGGAUCUGGUUUAUCCAGUGACCAGUGGAGCUUUCAUACAAAUGCCUGGCAUUGCUGAACAACAUUUCGGCUCCGUCUCCAACUGCUGCACCCCAGAGAGUUACCCUCAGUGGCCAUUCGUUCUCCAGAGCAUCUUGUUCCGGGUCUGGGAGACCCUGGGGGACACCAGGGCAACACAUCACGUCCACUUAGAAUGUUCUUGAUUUCAGCUAGUCUGAGCCAGGACCCUGGGAGGUGCUGUGCUUUGGGUGUGAAAAACGUUCGGUGGGCACAGGAGGGGAGCCUGAGGCUGGAGCUGGCAGGUACUUGCAGAACCUGAACCAAAAGAAUCGAGACUGUUCUGGAGCGGGACUAAAUCCUUUCCUCCAUCUCACUCACUGUCCAUCUAAGAAACCGCCUUGAACAGAGUACAGGCUGCUGGAAAUGCACUUCCUGACCUACCUGUGUCGAAGCCAGAAUGGCUUUUGCCAAAAUUACUGUUGUUUGGAAUUGUCACGUAUAAAUCUAAGAUUUGAUUUUGUUUCAGAUUAAUUAGCUUUAAUGGUAGUCUGGUCUGUGAGUCUCCCUGGAGUGAAUUUGUUGUAAAUAUAAUUCAACAUCUGCCUGUGAUUUAUUUAUAAAUACUGUAAAUUUGUAUAGAUGAGAGUUUAAAUUGGGAGUGUGCGGUUCUUAGUAUUUUUUUAAAUUAUUUAAGAAAAGACUUUCAUAUCAGAACUUGGAAUUUGUGGAUUAAUCUGUUUUUAAAACUUGAGUUGUAGGUCUCGUUGCUGCGUGUGUGUUUAAACUUGAAAGAAUUCUAAAACUCCGUUUCUCUUUUUAAGUUUACACAUAAAUCAUGUCCACCGUCUCUUUCUAAAAAGACUCCUUUUAAGGCUUCCUCGUGGAGUGUGGACUGUUGGGACCUGCGUCGAUCACGCUGGACAAGUGUUUCUCGUUGGAUUCUGGGCCCAAGUUCCAAGAAUCUGAACUCUGGAAAGUGUCGAUGAGGUUUCCCAAGUUCUGUCUUAAGAAAACAGUAUUUGCUGGUAGGCGUUUGGGAGACAGCUCAUUCACUUAGUCCACCUGACUGACCCUCUUGCACAUACCAACAUCCUCAGAAGCUGUGGGUUCGAACUAUUUGUUUCCUUUUUUUUUUUUUAAAUUAAAUGUGAAAAAUGAACGCUGUGGUCAUUGCAAAAGUAAAAUAAAGUAGCUCCUGGAACAAUUAGACAGUAAGCUCCUCUCAGCCUCCUGUGGUGUGUGAUGUCGUACAUUUUGUUUUAGGCCCUGGCUUACAUUUUCUCUCUCGUAAACCUGGGCUGUGCUCCUGCCCCAGUCUUUGUAUUCCCACUUUGGGGCAAUUUUUUUUUUUUUCCUUCCAGGCAAAAGAUUUAAGAAUGUUUUUAUUGUGUUUAUUCAGCCAUAUAAAUUGGAGAAGGGCUACAAAGUUCUGAUUUGCCUUUUCACGGCCCAUUGUUUGGUGUUCUCAGGCCAUGAGCAUACGAUCAGGUUUGGGUUAUUUUUGUUAAAAGGCAGAAGAAUAUUUGGAACUCACUUUUCUUGCCAGAGAUCUUGGGGUAAAGCCCUGGGCUGGAAAGUUGGGACAAGGUUUUAUGAUCCGUGACACAGACACUUCUCCCACCUUUACUGAGUAGGGAUUGAACAGAUCCGAUUACAAGGCAGUGUGAGCUCUUUGCUGUCCAUCUUAGAGCCCAGGCUGAUGUCCCCUGAAAUACUUUGUGUGAGCCUUGGAAUAACUUGAGGAGCUGGUACAUUCACCUCUCCGUUUUUCAGAUGAGGAAACGGGUGCUUAGAAAGGCUGAUAGGACCAUGCAGCCAGCAGUAGUGUUCUGCAAGAGCUGUUUCUUGGGAGGUCUGCCACCAUGGAAAAUGGACAAACGUCCAAGAUGCCUUCAUUAAGGACUUUUUAAAAUCCAUUCACAUGUUUACUAAUUGUUUAGGAAAGAUAUUCAACUUAAGUUAAAAAAAAAAUCCAUUAGACAAGUCCCUGAACUAGUGAUGCAGAUGUUUCCUGUGGUCCUUGCAAGCUUUAGGACUACGUUGUUGAACCACGGGAAAUUGCCAAUAUGCAGCUGUUUUGACCCACAAAAAGAAAUCCCAGAUUGUUCAGCGUAAAAUAUUACAUCUUAAAACAACAAACCACAGCCUGGGCUGACUGCGCAUCGUGCUGUG